AUGUUCGCCAUAGACGCUCAUCGCGAUUUCAAAGAACCCUCAGAUACGCCCUGGUUCCUCAGGGAGAUACAGACACGAUUGUUUGCCUGUAUGUACCAGGAUGACAAAGUCAUUUCUAAUAUCCUUGGCAAACUACCUCGUGUACCCAGACACUAUUGCAAUCGCAAGCUGCCUCUGGAUAUAAGUGACGAGAGCCUGUUAACUCCCGGACUCACACCGGAAGGUUAUAGCCGCCAGGAAUCUUCUCCAUCCGACUGGUUUCGCGCUCGCUACAUAUUUGCCACACUGAGGGAGGAAAUUCUCAGCAUCCGACUAGGGCCUAUGAAUGCAUGCAAUGAAGCAUUGAUCAGACGAAUAUCCACGCGGAUCCAAAAAGCCUGGGAAGGACUCCCCUCUCGCCUAUGUUAUGAUCCCAACUGUACCAACUUCUCGAUGCCUUACCAUUACCUCGCUCGGCUUCUGCUCUACCUUGAAUAUCUCGAUCUAAAUUUAUGCACGCAACAGGUGCUUUUUGAUAUCCUGGGAAAGGACGAUGACACAGAACUCCUGAAGGCUGCAAUGAUGUUGAUGGCCACAACGGCCAACUCCAUGCGCCGCUUUUCCAGAAAGUUCGGGGCUUCCAAAGACACUGCCACGAUUUAUUUGAUGAUUGGGAUUUACUUCCCCAUCGCCCCUUCAAUGACCCUGAAGGAUGUCGAUUGGGCAAACCUCUAG